ACUAAAACAUGUUAAUAGGAAAAAACAGCUGUUAACAAAUAUUAAAUAAAAUCUAGUUAGUGUUUAGUGGAAACUGAAAAUUAAUUCAAACGAUAAAUUAAAAUUUAAAUUAUAAUAUAAAAAUAACAACUACAAAAAAGUGUUCAAACAAAAAAGAACUUUAAUAUACGUUAUUUGGCCCUUAAAAUUUAAAAGAAAAUGAAGUAAAAGCAAAGACAAGUAAUAAUGACAGACAGACAGACACACACAGCUAGUCAGUUGUCAAAUUAGUAAAGUACAAAAAUUUCAUUCUCUCUUUUACAGUAAAGAGAGCACUCCUUUUUUGUCUGUUUUCUUUUGUGGCUUUAUUUUUAGUUAGUAGCCGUGUAAUAUUGUGGUAGUUGUUGGUUAUUGUCUGUCUGCCUGCCUGCCUGUAUAGCUCUGGCUGCAUUUACUUUCCAACUUGAUUACCAACCAAACCAAUUCAAUUGCGAGUUGUGCGUGCUCCAACAACUACGUUUUGGUCUUUUGUGCGCGUAGUUUUUGACGAACAAAAUUUAUUUUUUAAUAUAUGAAUACGAGACACAAGCUAAAAAGGAAGCAAAUAAGAAAAAGAAGUGAAUUUUAAUUAAAAACAUCGGCUACUAAAUUAUAAAAAAUUCCUUUAGUGUAAAGUGUAAUUGCAAGGAAUUUUAAGAAUACUAUAAAAGAAUAUGGUAUUGGCUUAAAAGAAUUAAAUUUUAAGAAAAAAAAAAGUGUUGUCUAAAAAUACUAAAACUUCAGCUAAAAGAAACAACUACAAGAAGCAGAAAAUAAAGUUGAAAGAAAAAUUUUAAGUGAAAUUUUGUAAAAGAAUACUUUUUUAGAAAAAGGCCAUAUCAAUUUUGCAGUUUAAAGUUUUAAAAUAGAUUUGCUGUUUAAAGUUUCCAAGGAAAAUUGUUGUAAUUCUGGACGCAUUAGAAGAGACAUAUUUAUUUACACAAACACACACAAUAAAUAGAUUCCCUUGCUGUUUUUGCCCUUCUAACACCCUGCUGUUCAUAUUUUCAACUUCUUUCACAAGUUUGGGGCCCAUUCCAUCAUACACAUAGAAAAAAAGAUAAAUUUCUAAUCUGUUCAAAGAUGAAGUAACUUUGGAAUUUAUUAAAAUUUAAUCAUCGUAUUUAGCCAGCCGCUGUAGCUGUAGAGUAGAAGCUGCAUUAACAAAAAUUACGAAUUCAAAAUUAAAUUUGCUUCUAGAGAGAGAAAAAAAUUUGCAUUUUUUGCUUUUUUUUUAUAGACAAAAAUCAUUUACGAACGAAAACAAUUAGUUAGUUUUUUUAAGCACAAGUCAUUUUAAUACAUAAAAACAUUAUACAAUUAAAAAAGUCUUAAGUUUUAUAAAAAACAUCUGCAAGAUGUUGCCAAAAUUUUUAACACAUUUGGAUAAGCAGAAAGCGCACAAGGUGACGACGUUGUCAACGGCGAGAAGGCGUUAUUGGUGUUGCACAUUUCCUUUAGUGCUAUUGGCUUUACUAUUGGUUCUACACUCUGACAGCAGUAAUGCCGAAAGAGAUUUUAAUUUCAAUGAUUCACAGGUUACUUUGCUUGAACCCAAGGAUGAACCCAUAUUAAUUGAUCAUCAUACCAGCAGCAGCAGCAGUAGUAGUAGUAGUUUUCAACAACAUCAUCAUAAUCAUCAGCAGCAAACAGCAUCAUCAUCAUGCUGAACAGGACCCCUAUGCUGUGGAAUUGUCACACUGUCGUUAUGAUGACAAUGAAAUUGUUUUGUCCU